CCGAGUUUCACUCCGGCUGCCUCCCGCUCGGAGUCGGAGCUUUAGUCGGGGGCUUCUUCUCAGGCCGAGCCGCAUCUGAAGCUGGAGGUCGGCGGUCCUCUUCACCUGUUCUCUCUGCUUCCCUCAGACUCGGUACCUCGGAAUUGGUGUGGCUGAGUCAGCAAGCCCUUGAAUUUGCCCGGUUUUUGUUGUUUGCCAUUCAUAUCAAGAUGGGAACUCAGACAGGUGAUUGCCCCUGAAGAUCUGGUGUCUCCAUCAGGAAGGGACAGUUUGGUGCCAGCCCUUCAAGUAAAAGGAGGUCCCCUGGAGGUGCUGGGCAAUGAACUUGAGCCUGCAACCCAGAGUGGUCUGAAGUCUUCAGGAAAGCAGAAGAUGGCCAUGGCCCCAAGCUCAUCUCUGCCGCAGGUGUACCCUAGCCCUGUGGUGGUGGCUGUGUGGGAAUGGCAGGAUGGGCUUGGCACUUGGCACCCCUACAGUGCCACUGUCUGCUCCUUCAUUGAGCAGCAGUAUGUCCAGCAGAAGGGCCAGCGUUUCGGACUGGGGAGCCUGGCCCACAGCAUCCCCUUAGGCCAGGCUGACCCCUCACUGGCCCCUUACAUCAUCGACCUCCCCAGCUGGACUCAGUUCCGCCAGGAUACAGGCACCAUGAGGUCUGUGCGCAGGCACCUGUUUUCACAGAAUUCUGCCCCAGGCCAGGGCAUCGUCUGGGAGUGGCUGGGCGAUGACGGAUCCUGGAUCGCCUAUGAGGCCAGCGUCUGUGACUAUCUGGAGCAGCAAGUAGCCCGGGGCGUCCAGGUCGUGGACUUGGCCCCACUGGGCUACAACUACACUGUCAACUAUGCCACCCUAACGCAAACCAACAAGACUUCCAGCUUCUGCCGGAAUGUGCGACGCCAAGUGGGGCCAGUUUACCCAGUGACUUCAGUCAUUGCUUCCCCAGGCCACACGGGACUCGUCUGUUCUUGCCAACAGUGCCUCCAUGGUAGUGGAACUGGCCCCGUGUCGGGUCGCUACCGCCACUCCAUGACCAACCUGCCUGCGUAUCCUGCCCCCCAAGCACCCCACCGGACCGCCACUGUCUUUGGGGCCCAUCAGGCCUUUGCCCCAUAUAACAAACCUUCACUGUCUGGGGCCAGGUCUGCACCCAGGCUGAACACCACCAACCCCUGGGGCGCGCCACCUCCCGCUCCAGGCAGCCAGUCCUUGUCUCACUCCAGCCUCUCCCACCUGGGGCCACAGCUCCUGCCCUCAGGACCGUCCACCUCCAGUGGAGCCAGUGCCUCCUUCCCCAGCGGUCCCUCCUCCAGCAGCCGAGGGAGUGCCCCCACCACUGUGCCCGUGCAGAUGCCAAAGCCCAGCAGGGUCCAGCAGGCCCUGGCUGAAGGGGCGUCUAAGCCCGAACCGGAGCACGUGAUCAGAAAGUACACUGAAGAGCUGAGAACGGCCCCCGAUGAGGACUGCAUCAUCUGCAUGGAGAAGCUGUCUGUGACUUCGGGGUACAGUGAUGUGACUGCCAGCAGGAGCCUGGGGCCCACUGUGGGCCGCCUCGCCAAGUGCAGCCAUACCUUCCACCUGCUGUGCCUGCUGGCCAUGUACUGCAAUGGGAACAAGGACGGGAGUCUGCAAUGUCCCUCUUGCAAAGCCAUCUAUGGGGAGAAGACUGGAACACAGCCGACGGGAAAGAUGGAGGUAUUCAGGUACCAUACGUCUCUCCCAGGCCACGAAGACUGCGGGACUAUACUCAUUGUUUACAACAUCCAGCACGGCAUCCAGGGUCCUGAGCACCCCAGCCCUGGGAAACCAUUCACUGCCCGAGGCUUUCCCCGCCAGUGCUUGCCAGAUAACCCUCAGGGCCGCAAGGUCUUGGAGCUCCUGAAGGUGGCCUGGAAGAGACGGCUCAUCUUUACCGUGGGGACAUCCAACACCACGGGUGAGACAGACACAGUAGUGUGGAAUGAGAUCCACCACAAGACCGAGAUGGACCGGAACUUGACAGGCCACGGCUAUCCAGACCCCAACUACCUGCAGAAUGUGCUGGCUGAGCUGGCUGCCCAGGGAGUCACCGAGGACUGCCUGGAGCAGCAGUGACCCCUGGGCCUGCCUCUGUCGGCCACCCCAGUGCCCCCUGGGUGGGUGGGCCUUUGUUGAGAGGCAAGAAUGUUUGUUGGGGUGCCGGAUGCAUCCCUCCUGAAGCUGGGGCUUCUCCCUGCCUCUCCUGCCACCCUCCUGUCUGGGCUGGGGUCUGCCUGGAAAACGGGCACCCUCAGUAUUGUACUUGCGGAGGCUUAAGCUGGAGCUACCUCAGUGCACAGACGGGAAAGGGCCCUUCCAGCCUCGGGUGGGCUGCGACCCAACAAGGGGUGAGCGGGGCCUACCCCUCUCAGCUUUUGGCCAGCUUUU